GGCGAGAGCGUUGGCGCAGAGCGAAGAGUCUCCCGGAUGGGCAUUCUUGGAACUCUGGUGCCCCAUAGAGCGGCCUCGCCAGCAGGACGUGCUCCGUCAGUUGAACCUCCGCGUCAAAAGUCACCAAGGUCUGCCCGAAUCAGUACAACUGCAGGGAAUCUUCAAAACCAAGUUCAAGAUUCCGCGAGAGGACCGAGAACACCACGAAGCGACAACGUCGAUCCAGCAUUAACAAGUAGUUCAUCAUCCUCAGCCACUUUCUAUUCCAACAUUUUAAGCAAGAACAUCAAUAGUACUAGAGCUGCAGCACCAUUCGUUACUGACGCUGGUGCUCUGUUGCGCACUACGCUCACCGGCAAUCAGGACAGCUCGCCCGAGCACGAGCAGCAGCCGCUAAGUGCUAGACUCGGUAGAGGAGUCGCCACGCCGAGAUCUGCACGAGACCCGCUCCUCGGGUACGAAGCAUUCCGAAGACAGUCCAUGGUCUGGCAGCACAUUCCUUACACAUUGAGGCAGGAGCAACAAGGAGAAACAACAACAUCAAUAUCGAACAAUAAGAAAAAUAGCGCUACAAUAAAUACAAAAGUUGAGGUAGGAAGCCGUGAACAAGAUGUAAACAAAGCUCCUGCAGCAGUAGAUGUAGUAGCUGCACAAGAUGUAGCAGGCCGUACUUCUUCUACAGCUCCUGUGGCAUCCCCAGGCCCAGCUUCGGAUAAGUGAAUAAGCACAACUCCUCCUUUGAUGAAAGAAGAGAAGUGCUUCGAGUUCGACACCCUGUGCCUCCUAUGACUCACACGAGGGAUCUAUCACAAGAGAUACUUACUCGAAGCUCACCGGCAACCUAUGUAGAAAAAUCACAAACAAAGUAACAAUGUUGCGAUCAUGAUCAUGAUGAAAUACUAGUACUUCUUGAUUGAAUUUGUUUUAUCGAGCCCUGCAUCCGCUCCUAACUGUCACCAGAAGUGGAUACGAGACGAGAUAUUUAAAUAGAAAACUGAAAAGCAAAGUAAGAAACAUCCCCUGGGAGAAAACAACCUCGUCCGGGAAGAAGCAAGAUGCCGAAGUGGUGGAUUCUGGAAUGUUUUUUUCUGAAAUUAAUGUUCCUCACUACAAUCACAAAGUUGUAAACCUAAACCAAGACCAGAGGAGAAGGAUCAUUUCAGAACUAACAGAACAGAAAAGUGGAGACAUACUCAUUUAGACUAUGAAUAGUCAGAGGCCUCUGCUCUACGGGAAAAAUGACUAUUUCCCACCUAUGCUAGCCGCUCAGCGAGAACGCAGGGAGUUCUUCUUCUGCAACGAGACACUACAUAUUUUUAAGUUAUUAAUCUCGACGACUGGUAUGUUGAUUGUGUACAAAAUAAAG